GGCGGAAUCAAGUUUUGAGUUGUCCACGGUAACCAAGAUGGAUGACUAAUGACUGAUCAGUGAAAAAGAUAUAUAUUUUUUAAUAGAAAUAAGGUCAUUUGUGACACUGUGAUUAUGUCUGCGUCAGCAAGUGUUGUUCCCCAUCAUGAGACUCGCUUCAGAUCGAAAAAAGUGAAGGUAGCUAUCGAUUGUAAAAAUGAAAACCCUGGACCACUUGAUUAUUCCUUCUACAAACUUUCCAAUUUGUCAGAUAUCUAUGACGAGGAACCAAGAAUUGUCUCACCUAGAAAAGAGACCACUCAGGAGAAAACAGAGAAGGAGAAGUCCCCGGGGAGAUGUCUCAGACUGAACAAUAACCAGCUGUCAGAUUUAAAACUGCUGCCAGAAAUCGUGGGGAACCUUUUUGAAAACCCUAGUUCACUUGGAUGGCUUGAUCUGUCUUUCAAUGAAAUCACCACAAUAGACCCGGUGUUGGCGGAAUUUGAAAAUUUGCACAUUCUUUAUCUUCACGGAAAUGGCAUAGCAGACUUGAAACAUGUCGAACAACUAACUCCUUUGAAAAAUCUCUGGAAACUCACGUUACAUGGAAAUCCUAUAGAUUCAGUCAAGGGCUACAGAUUUUCCGUCUUGUCCCUGCUUCCUUGGUUGCAUAACCUCGACUUCAGUGCGGUCACCAAGGGUGAUCAGGUAACGGCACGGGUGUUAAGCAAGAUGAAUGGUCCUCCGAAGAAAAAAAAGAAAGAAGAAACUGAUGAUUAAAGCAUUGAUAAAAUUUUUAUAGCAUUAAACUGACCUCCUAUGAGAUGCUGCCCACCCUGCAAUGUGUACUAUGUGUAGCAGUUUUACCGGCUUGUCGCACACUGGUGUAUUCCACACUCCCAUAUCAUCAUUCUGUAACCAUUAACUUUAUUUUCUGUUAUCACUUCUUCCAUCAAAUCAUUUUUUAAAUGUUUUAAGUUAUUUUAGAAAUCCAAUUUUAUUUUUAUAAAAGGAUGGCUUAUGAAAAAGACAAAGGGUGUGGUUAUUUGUCCAUGGGACAUAAUUGUCCUGAGUUUUUCUUUCGUAAAGCAGUCCUGAAUGGUGAUGGGGUAAUGAGAUAUGUUUCAAUUGUAGGGGACUGUCUUUUAGUAUUAGGGAAUUCCAGUUGUAGAGCACUGUGCCAAUAUGUGAUACUGUCAUGAAAUGUGAUUGUAUAUAAUCAUAGUGGUAGAACACUGUAAAGACAUUUUCCAGAAUGUCUUGACCUUCAUGGCAAUUUACAAAUUUUUGACAGUUAUGGUCCUAGAACUUUGGAGACAUG